AAGUGUGGGGUACAGAAAAAGCUGAGAAGAAAUACAUUAAAAUUGUCAAGAUGGACUCCGAUAAAGUCAAGCCGAUGUCUGCUGAGCAUGUGCCGCACAAGGUGAAGAUGGACUCCGACAAAGUCAAGCCGAUGUCUGCUGAGCAUGUGCCGCACAAUGUGAAUGCACUGCCAAUUCUGCACAUUUCGACGGAUGCACUAAAUAACAACGGUGAAGAGUGGAAGAAAUGGUGGCAGCAAUACGAGUUAUACUUGUUAGCAUCAGGGCUGGAUGCCACGUCAGAAAAAAGGAAAAUUGCCAUCAUGCUGCAUUCUAUGGGGGGCAAAGGGUCUUGGAUGUCUUCCGCCUGUCGUUCAUCUCAACCCCACACCUGA